AUGAUGGUCAUAAAUAUCCGGUCUCGGAAAUCAGAGCGCGCAGAGCAAUGAAUUUAGGGUGUAAAAUAAUCGGCGAGCAGGCAAGUCGCAAUUGAAAAACAAGAUAUGGGCGUGGGUCAUCGAAAAAGCAACCCAACCAAGACUCCAUUUAAUGAACCAAAUCAAUGCAUGAAUACAAAAACAACGAUCAAUUAGAUCCAUAUACAAUGUCGGACUCUAACGGGGAUUCUUUCGGCAAGGUCAAGCAGAGGCUCAAGGAUCGAACCAAGAAAGUUGUUGAAACCAAGGAGAUGUUGUCAAAACAAGCUGUUAAAAGCAGAGAGAUUCUGUCCAAACAAGCUGUGAAGAGCAAACAGAUGUUGUCUAAGCAAGCUCAGAACAUUGCCAAACAGGCUCAAGAGCAUGAACGCUUCAUCAAUAAGGUCACUCAUUUUGUUGGGGUUAUUGGUUUUGGAACAUUCUGCUUUCUUUUGGGUGCAAGACCUCAGGACAUUCGCUACGUCUACUGCUUGUUCUACCUCAUCUUUGUCCCACUCCGGUGGAUCUAUUACCGCUACAAAAAAUGGCAUUAUUAUCUUUUGGAUUUUUGCUACUAUGCCAAUACAAUUUUCUUGGUGAUGCUUCUGUUUUAUCCUGAAAAUGAAAAGCUUUUCAUGGUGACCUUCUCAUUUGCCGAGGGACCGCUUGCUUGGGCCUUGAUUGUUUGGCGUUGUAGCUUAGUGUUUAGUUCUGUUGACAAAUUAGUAAGCGUGCUUAUACAUCUAUUACCUGGAUUGGUAUUUUUCACAAUUCGGUGGUGGGAUCCAGCGUUCUUUGAGGCCAUGCAUCCUGAAGGAACAGUUCGAAGAGCUUCAUGGCCCUAUGUAGAAGACAGAUCUUAUCUGUGGACCUGGCUCUUUGUUGUACCUUUGGCUGCUUACAGCAUAUGGCAGGUUCUCUACUUUCUGAUUGUGAAUGUCCUUCGUCAUCAGAGGCUGUUAAGAGAUCCUGAGGUCAUGACUUCUUACAGGGAACUCUCCAAGAAAGCACGAAAAGCAAACAACCUAUGGUGGCGAUUAAGUGGUUUACUUGGUGAUCAAAAUCGGAUGUUCAUGUACAUUCUCCUCCAAGCAGUGUUCACUGUAGCAACCAUGGCUCUGACAGUCCCUAUAUUCUUGUCAUAUGAGCUCCAUUGUAUAUUCCAAAUACUCAAAGUUUCUGCAUCUGUAUGGAAUGGUGGAAGUUUUCUGUUAGAGGUAAUGCCAAGACAGGCGGUUAUGAAGGAGAAGAAAAAAUCAGGGAUGCAGCCAAUACAGCCUCAAGAAGCCCAAUCUUCAGUUGCUUCAGAAACUUUAACUGAAGCUCCUGCAACAGCAGUGGAUGCUGUUAUUGUGGGUGGAACCCCGUCUAAGUAGUUAAACGAUGCUCGUAAAACUGUUUGUAUGCCAUGUGAACGAAGCUGCAUGUAGCUGAGCUUUAUUUGUAGGUCUCGGAAUUGUAGUUGAACUGUAGUGGUUGUAGUUUUAUGUUUUCAAUUACAGAAUUAGGUACUCGGCGUUUAGGUGAAGUAAGUUGAACCAGUAACAUGUGUUUUUUACAUUACCUUGAUGCUCUGCAGGAUAUGUUUUAGCUUGUAUUGUCUACUGUGAUUGUACAAAAGAGCAUGCACUUUGACAAUGGAAUAAGUCAUUAAUGAGAGUGGUAGUACUUCCUCUGA